AUUUUUAGGGUUUCUAAUCCUCAAAAAAUAAACGAAAGCUUUGUGAACCCAAGCCUCUCUCUCUCUCUCUUGCUGUCUCUCUAUCUCUUGCUUCUCUCUCUCUCUGUCUCUCUCUGAGCUCAACUUUAGACUGCGUUGUCGCUGAUUCUCCGGCGAAUCUACGAUCAGAUUUUAACAUUAUUAUCAAGGAUUACCUGGAUGUACAGCCUUAAUAACAUUCUAUGAACUGUACUGGAUCAAGAAACUAGUGGAGAUUCAUAUUGUGCUUUUAUAGUAAGUUAUUUGUUGCUAGUCUAGCAUGUCAAACAAUCUUGUGUCUCAGCAGUUAUCUAUACCAAACAUGCAAAUGGGUCAGUUGGAACCCAUUCUGAACAAAGUGGACCCAUCGGUACAAGACAUGCAAAUGGGACUGAUGGGAUCUGUAUCCAAUGGUCCUGCAGCUCAUCAGCAUUCCAUAGCAAACAAGCAGAUGGGACUAGCGGAUCCCUUGUCGAGCAAUCAUGGGUUGCAGAGGUUCUCAAUAUCAAACAUACAGACAAUAGGUAUGGAACCCAGGGGAAAUAAUCUGGGCUCACAGCAGUUUAUUACCAAGCAACUGGGACCAAUGGAAACCAUGCUAAACAGUGCAGGCUCCCAGCAGUUGCAUGCACCAAUUAAGCGAAAGGCACCAAUAGAACCUCCUUAUAGUAAUACUUCUCCAGAGCUGUUAUCAAUUCCUAAUAAACGGGUAGCACAAUUGGAACAUAGACCUUGGUUGCAGCAUGCAUCUGGACCAAAUAAAAAAGCUGUACAGAUGCAAUCAAUGCCCACCACGCCUGGAUCACAACAUUCUCAAACACCAAACAAGAAAGUGUACAGUAAAUCUGGUUCCCAACGUUUUUCUGUUUCAAGAAGUCAAACUGCAGUGAUGCAACCAUCUCCCAAGGUUCAAACUGAAUCUUUUGAGUCAGUAAGGUCCAAAAUGAGAGAGUCAUUAGCUGCUGCACUGGUGUUGGCUUCUCGGCAGAAAGAAGAUAAAUCUAUGAGUCCGGAAAAGAAUUCUCAGAGUGACUCUGCAAGUUCUCCGGGGCAGAUUCAGAAGAAUACACAACCUGCUGCUGCUGCUGCACUUGAUAAUGUAUCUGUAGAGCCUAAAGUGAAUUUGCCCUCUCAUGAAGAUUAUUCUGCUCAAAAAAGCAAUAAUGCUGAAAGUUUGCCCGUGAAGAUUUCAGCUGCUGAGAAUGCUGGUUGCUAUACACAGACCCGGAAAUCUGAUGGACAAGAAACCCAAUCAAGUAAUGUUUUUCCUGUGCAAGAUGUUUCUUUUAGCGAUGACUUCUUUGCGAAAGAUGAACUUUUGCAGGGGAAUGGACUUUCCUGGGUAAUGGAUUCUGAUAUGCAGGUGGUAGGAAAAAGGGAGUUUCAUACUGCCGAGGAACAAAAGUUGGGGCUUGAUGCACAGGGUAGAGGUCAGAAAGAAGUCUAUCAAAAUCCAGAAAUAGUGGCAUUUGAAAUCGAAGUAGAACUCUUCAAAUUAUUUGGUGGUGUGAAUAAGAAGUACAAAGAAAAAGGUAGGUCUCUUCUAUUCAAUUUGAAGGAUCGUAGUAAUCCUGAACUGAGAGAAAGGGUUAUGUCUGGGGAUAUUCCCCCAGAACGGUUAUGUUCUAUGACAGCUGAGGAACUUGCUUCUAAGGAGCUUUCUGAGUGGCGAAUAGCGAAGGCAGAAGAGCUUGCCCAAAUGGUAGUUUUGCCUGAUGAAGUUGAUAUUAGACGAUUGGUGAAGAAAACACACAAGGGCGAGUUUCAAGUAGAAGUUGAACAAGAUGACAGUGUUCCAAUGGAGGUUUCUGUUGGGACAAGUUCACUUACUCCAAGAGAAUCAAAAAGCAAGGAGAUGGAAGCCCCUCACCCAUCUAAAGCUGAUGGAGUCAAGGAUGAAGUGGAUGCUUCUGGUGAAAAAAGUAAUUUAGGCGUCCGGAAUGCCCCAUAUACGCUCACUAUUCCUUCCAGUGAGGGUACUGAUUUAUUGCAGGGGCUCAUGGUGGAUGAUGUAUUGAAGGAUGCAGAAUUUCUUCCCCCUAUUGUAUCUUUAGAUGAGUUCAUGGAAUCUCUUGAUUCAGAGCCACCGUUUGAAAAUUUACCGGUGGAUGCUGGAAAAAUGACCACCAAUUCAGAUGAGGAUGACUUAGAGCCAAGCUCGGAGUCGAAGUCAUCUGAGCCAACUUCGAAAGACAUUGAUAUUGCCACCGAUGAACCUGAAAAAGUUGAUGCAACAUACUCAAAAUUGGAUGGUGACCAGAAAUCCAAUGAUGGCGAUGCCGGUGUGAAAUCCAGUGACGAUCAUGCUGAUAUGAAACCCCGUGAUGGUCGGCCUGAUGUGAAAUAUAAUGACAGUGAGUCUACUGUUGAACCGAGCGAUACACAUGCUGAUGCAAACUCCACUGGCAGACAUGCUGAAGCGAAAACCAUUGAAAGUUAUGCUGAUUUGAAAGCUAGUGACCGCCGUGCAAAAUCAGAAAAUGUACCUCCUGCUGGUGUAUCCAAGGGUGAUUUUAUCUGGGAAGGCUUACUUCAGCUGACCACCUCAGCUAUGGCUUCUGUGAUUGGCAUCUUCAAAAGUGGUGAGAAAACAACUGCAAAAGAGUGGUCCACUUCACUUGAGAUCAAGGGGAGAGUCAGACUUGAUGCAUUUGAGAAGUUUCUCCAAGAGCUUCCACUGUCCCGAAGUCGUGCUGUCAUGGUUAUGCAUUUUGUUGUCGUGGAGGGAUCCCUUGAGAGCGAGCAUGCUAGUCUUAACGAGGUAGCAGAUUCUUAUGUUUUGGAUGAGAGAGUGGGUUUUGCUGAGCCAGCUCCCGGAGUCGAACUUUAUUUUUGCCCGCCGCAUAAUAGAACACGAGAAACGCUCGGCAAGAUCCUCUCGACUGAACACGUUGAGGCACUUAAUAAUAUUGAUAAUGGCCUAAUUGGUGUUAUUGUAUGGAGAAAGGCUCAGUUAACUUCCAGGAUAUCACCCAACUCUUCGUCACAGCAGAAACAUAAAAAGCAAAAUAUCACUUCUAGGAGACACCAAGAGACAAAUAUGAAUUCCAAUUUCACACCCAAACCAAACCCAACUCGCACCAAUUUUGAACCCUCCCCUGAUGAUGAUGACGAUGACGAUGUUCCUCCCGGGUUUGGCCCUGGUGCCCGGGACGAAGAUGACCUUCCCGAAUUCAAUUUUUCUGGUGGUGCAAUCCCAUCCCCGCAACCCAAAUUUGCCCAAAAUCCCCCAAGGGGGCAGAGGCCAAUUCAGUCACUUUCUCAAACCCCAUCUCGCCCUGUGGACCAAAUGAGGGAGCUUAUACAAAAAUACGGGCAACCUAAAAUUGGUGCACCUUCAGGAAACUGGCAGGACAAUAGAGGUUUCGGGGUGGCGGUUCAGCCGUGGAACGACGACGAUGACGACAUACCGGAGUGGCAGCCACAAGCCCCUCAGCAGCCCGUUCAUGGCUUUCAUCAGCCGACUUUGCGACCACCACACUUGGUAAACCAACCACCUUUGGGAUCAGUUCCGCAGCAGUCAAUGAUGUCGUUACAAUCGCUGCAGCCUCAAGGCACUUGGUGGGUUCCUCCCGUGCAGGGGAGUGGCCAGCAACCAAAUAAUAUAGGUUGUCAACCCAGUUUAGGGCAGUUCUACGGCGCACCCGUUCGAAAUGUUGGCCAGCCAGGCGCAGGAUGGCGACAAAAUCCCCCUAAAAGUAGAGGCUUUUGAUAUAUAUAUAUAUAUUUUUUCGUUCUUUUCCUUGUAUAGCAGAUGCCAUUUCCUUUUUUUUUUAAAAGAUAUGUGCAGUUCUGUAACCAUAAAUGUUUUUCAGGGUUGGUUAGCUUUGUACCGAAAACCAAUUUUGCCGUGCAAUAGAAAAGGGUCCUUGUUAUGCACGAUCUCAA